AUGAUCCUUCCCAGAAUGGGGAAGAUGAUGAAGAUACUGAUUGUCUUUGUUGUUGGCGUGGACGUCUGGUCUUGCUCAGGAUUGCCGGUGUAUGACUACGAUCCGGCCUCCUUGAGGGAAGCGCUUAGUGCAUCUGUGGCAAAGGUGAAUUCGCAGGCCCUGAGUCCGUACCUGUUUCGGGCUUUCAGAAGCUCAAUAAAAAGGGUCAAUAUCCUGGACGACGACAGCUUGAACAUGGACAUCGAAUUCAGGAUUCGCGAAACUGCCUGCAGGAGAGAUUCUGCAGAAGACCCCUCCACCUGUGACUUCCAACGCGGCUACCAUGUGCCAGUGGCCAUCUGCAGAAGCUCCGUGCAGGUGUCCUCACAGCAGGUGCGGGACGUCUGGGUUCGCUGCCACUGGUCCACCAGCUCCGAGUCUAACAGCAGCGAGGAGAUGAUUUUUGAGGACCUGUUGAGAUCUUAUAAAUGGAGAAACAGUUAUCUACAAGGUCUCAUUUCUGAUGAAUCCAGAAGUGAGCAAUUUUAUGAAAGGUCAUCAGAUAACUUGUAA